AUGAAAACAACACUGGUCCUAGUAUGCUACCUUGCGGUGGUCCUCGCCGAUUCGGACCUCAGCAGUCUAAAGCUGUUCUAUCGCGUCGUGGAAAAGUGUGGGGAUGACGCCGACGUAUACAGCUGCCUCAAGAUGAAGGCUGUGGGGCUCCUUGACAGAGCUCUGUCUAUGGACACUCUACCCAUCUCCAACUACAUCACAAUCACCAAGGAUCCCAAGGCCCAUGAAGUACCACCGCCCACGCUCAGGACAGAAGGGGAACUAGAAGCGUCGCUUCCUAGAGAUCAGCAGAAAAAGAGCGCUGUUCUUGAUGAGAUGCUGGAAGACCGAGUCAGCAGGUACUUAGAUACCAGGACGAUCCAGCUCUCUAUGCCAGCUGAUGUUCUCGAAGGUCGUAAGAAGAAGGACAAGGGCGGGAUGAUGAUGAUGGCUGCCGUGGCGAUGGGAGGGAUGAUGCUGCAGAUGGCUAUGGGGAAGAUCGCGCUGAUAGCAGGCAAAGCACUGCUGAUAGGCAAAGUGGCGCUUCUACUAUCAGCAAUUAUCGGACUGAAGAAGCUGGUUGGAGGGGGUGGAGGGGAGAGUCAUCCUCAGGUAGUCUACGCAGGCGGUGACCACCACGGAGGCGGCGGUUGGGGACGAAGCGCUGCUGAGGAGGCUCAGGAACUAGCCUAUCGGGCGUACAAACCCCAGACGUCGGGGGCUUAGCCGUCACAUGAUCAAUUUACCCUACAGUAUUACUUCAAAUGGGUUGUUAGAAUUGUUGUCAUCCAUUUACAAU